UGAGGCCGUUGGGCGGCGGUUGGGAGGGAGGAUGCGCGAGUACAAGGUGGUGGUGCUGGGCUCGGGCGGGGUGGGGAAGUCGGCGCUCACGGUGCAGUUCGUGACGGGCACGUUCAUCGAGAAGUACGACCCCACCAUCGAGGACUUCUACCGCAAGGAGAUCGAGGUGGACGCGUCGCCCUCCGUGCUGGAGAUCCUGGACACGGCCGGCACCGAGCAGUUCGCCUCCAUGCGGGACCUCUAUAUCAAGAACGGGCAGGGCUUCAUUCUGGUCUACAGCCUGGUCAACCAGCAGAGCUUCCAGGACAUCCGCCCCAUGCGCGACCAGAUCAUCCGCGUCAAGAGGUAUGAGAAGGUGCCAGUAAUUCUGGUUGGCAAUAAGGUGGACCUGGAAAGUGAAAGAGAAGUAUCAUCGAAUGAAGGAAGAGCCCUAGCAGAAGAAUGGGGCUGUCCUUUUAUGGAGACCUCCGCUAAAAGUAAAACAAUGGUGGAUGAGCUAUUUGCAGAAAUUGUGAGACAAAUGAACUAUGCAGCUCAGCCAGACAAAGAUGAUCCAUGCUGUUCUGCAUGCAAUAUACAAUAGCAUUAAAAAUAACCUAAUUUGGACCUAAUUUGCAGAAUUUUUGUAAGUUGGUUUAAAAAAAAACUGCUUGCUUCACUUCCUGGUUUGGGGGUCACAUGGAAACGUCUUAAGUGAAGUAGCAACAUUAACUUGGAGCUGAGCAUUGAAAGUCCAUCACUGUCUCUGAACAUAAUUGGGUUAAAUAACUACAGCUUAUCUCAGUCAUCCCAUCCCUCCCUCUGUGCACCUGCGACUUUAUGGCAUCACCAAUUGAUCCUACAGGGUGAUCUCAGCUGAGCUAUAUAGAUGAUUGGCAUCAUGUCAGGCAGCAGCAGCUAUUGUAUAAAUUAAAACAAACAACUAAAUGUGGUGAAACGAAAGCGCUAGAGAAGACCUUCAAAGACUGCUUGCGGUUAGCAUGUUCUAUGCUGAUAUACACACACACAAAAAAGGAGAACAAAGUAUUUCAGUGUCUACAUGCUGAAUUUCAGGACUUGUGCUAUGGUCAAGUUUACUCAGUCCAGUAUGGUAAUUUCAUCUGAACUUCUGACAGUGUUAGAGGGGGAGGCUGUCUGAGAUCUGUGUUUCAAAUUGACACUAUUAUUCCACACUUUAUCUUCACCUUGACAAAUAGAAAACAUUGCAUCACUAAGCGAAAGCAGAGAUGAUGAUCUGAAAAACCAAUGGCUAGUGAAGAAACAUAGUGUGGCAUCAAAAUAUUUUAAUUUUUUUGCUUUGCUGCUCAAAAAUGAAGGAUCACUUCAGGUUGGUCAGAAAAAAAGCCAAACAAACCACCCUCUGUUUACAAAGCAGGAGACAUCUUUAUCACUUUACUGGACCAGGAGGAAGCAACUGUGAUUGAGAAAAAAUAUCGCUUAGCCUUACUAACAAGGAACACUUUAAUGGAUUAACUAGUACCAUCUUGUAAGGAAAAUGAAGCCAUGUUGCAUCCAGAUGUUCCCUUCAGCAGAAACCUCAAGGGACAGUAUGAACAUCCUGCAUUUUAAGUUUGCUAAAUAUGACAAUUUUUCUUGCCUUGAAGGGCUAUGUUCUUUGGUGUGAUCCCUAACUAACCUUUGGAAAUCAAGUUUGCUAUUUCAUAGCUAUAAGGCUGGUAAUUGUUAAUUGAAUAACCAUGUGAAAUCACUUUGGUUCAGAGAUGGAAUAGGGAUUAUGGUUGUAAUACUGUAGAUGAGGGAAGACAUGGCUCUCUAACUGCCUGAUACACUACUCAAAAGUUGCUCUGAUUGUUGGAGUGUUAGACAGUGGGAGCAAACAUUUUGUUUUUGAAGGGUGCUCGAGCUCUGACUUGCUAGUUUUCAUAGCAGUGAAGUAUUUAUCAUUUGCAUGACUAAUGGCACAGAAAUAUCUAUUCUGAAGUCUUACAAUCAAGUAUAGAAAAGUUUUUUCAAUUGCAGUGUUUAGGUUUUAAAUGCUGGAGAGAUUUGUCUUGAGCUGGACUUUAACAGAUAAAAUUGGCCAUCAAAAUACAAUAUCACUGAGCCUGUGGUCCAACUACCACUAUGCUUCUUAUUUGUUUCUCAGUCGUGUGCAGUAACAGUGUAGUUUCUUGUGUGUAAAUGAGAGGACAAGGGUGUGUGUGUGUGUGCAUGUGCGUGGCCCUCAGCAAUGCUGUAAUUACAGUUGGGGUUUUGCAAGAGUUUCCUCCAGCAGCAGAACCACUGUAAAAAGCAUUCUAAUCUUCUAAAAAUGAAGUUCAAGUGUAAAACUGCUUUGCAUUUUUGAUCUAGUUCAGUGGAAAGCAAGCUGAAGAAAAUCUUAAAGACAGAAAAGAACUGGUCAUCAUUGCCCUUCUGCUUCAAGUAAGCAAGAGCAUUAAAUGUGAGGCCCUUCUAUUCAAAUUUUUCUAAAAUGUGGAACAGUUUCAACAUUUCUGACUAAUUGCUACUGCCUUUGCACCUUGUUCACCUGUUGUCAGCCACUUGUGUUUGUAAGCAAGAUUUGAGACAUUGAAUUAGGGGUAUUUUUAUUUCCUAAAAUAAUGAUAUGGAUAGGUGAGUUGAGCAAUACAAUUAUGAGUAAAACAGCUUGUGAAUUUGGGGCCCAACACAUUUGUAUGGGGAAAUAUGAUCUAAUUUGAUACCGGCAUACCGUUUUGCAAUGCAUGUUAAGCAAUGUUCUCUACAAAAAAUGCUAAAAUAUGGCCUUACAAAUUGCUCUUCAACCAAUAAAAUGGCUUGAAUAACAAAUACAAAGGGUCUAACAAGAAUCUUAUAACUCACAAAAAAAGUGACUGUUGUUAAAAUUGCACAGUAAAAUGGCAAAUAGAAAAUGUUAUUAAAAAUACUUCCUAGAUACAUUUUUCAUAUGAAUUUCCAUUUUAAUGACUAAGCAACAUGUAUGAUCUCACAAAUCAUUGGGGGAGAAGUAAACAUGGUUCUUUCUGGUAUAAUUCUAAGGAAGUAGUUAUGCACUAUUUUGUAUUUCUGCCAAUGUGAAUAUAGUGGAGCUUGAGUCCAUGACCGUUGCAUUUGACUUCUCAAAGCAAAUGGGUAACAGGAGAGGAGUGAAGUAAGCCACAUGAAAGGUUGGUGGCUAUCCUAAGAGUCAUUGGUCUUGGGUCACUGCUUAAUUUGUACCCUGAUCAGACUACCAGUUACAGUACGUGAAAGUUUUCAUGACAUGCCUUAAAAUAUUAUGGUUUGAUCCAAAGACCCACAUUUUGUUUAGCUGUUCUUGUAGAGUUUUGUACUUUUCUACAAAGGCAGCAAUCUUUAAUUUUUAUUAAUUUUUCUCAGUGUUGCAACAUUUAUUCCUUUAAGCUGUGAUAGUGGUAGAGAUGGAAUCUUCCCCCCCACACCCUUUAAAA